AUGCCGGUGGAAAUGGAGGACAAGUUUUCCGUCGACGACGCUCCAAAUGAAGAAGGGAGCGAGCAGGAAAUCGAUCCGAAAGCACACGCGAAGCUGAUAGACGGUAUCAACAAUCUAACCGGUUCGCACUUCAUCCGUGCAGUGACCCGCACGGAACCAUCGCUGAAACGGUCCGAGUUCGGGCUAGCUAAAACGAAAGAUGACAAGGUACGAUUGGGUGAUCUGGUGAAGCUGUUCACCAAAUCGAAAAAACAUACCUCGGUGGUAAAGCAACUGGACAAGCUGAAGAAGCGGCAACCUCUGGCACAACCGCUGGAAAAACCGGUCGCAGACAGGAUUGAGCGUAAGGCGGGAUUUGAGCGUGUGCAAAAAGAUCUUAACCGAUGGCAAGCGGUCGUUACGGCAACGAAAGUUGCCCCGCAGACGGUGUAUCCGUUGCUUUACGGUACAACGACGGUUCACGAUGCACCACCGAAGAAACUGUCCGAGUAUCGGGUGAAGACGAAGCUGAUGGAAGAGUUAGAAGGGUUGGAGAAAGAGUUCGCAGGGCCAGAAGGUGAUGGUGAUAAUGAGGGGGAAAGUUCGGAUGAUAAUAAACAGAACUAUGAGCUGACGCUGGAAGAAAUGCGUGAAAAGCAAAGAGAACGGGCCCGGCAGAAGAUACGUGAAUCGUACGAGAUAGCCAAAGGUCGUCGGAUGAACAAGAUUAAGAGUAAAAAGUACCAUCGGCUGCUUAAGAAGGACAAGCUGAAAGAGCAGAUGAAAAAGUUCGAAGAGCUUAAGGAAAAGAAUCCCGAGGAAGCGCUCCGACAGCUCGACCAUAUUGAAAAGCAGCGCUUCCAGGAGCGUGUUUCGCUACGCCACAAAAAUACGGGCACGUGGGCGAAAAAUUUGCAGAUUCGUGCGAAGUACGAUAUGGAGGUAAGGCGUGAAUUGGCUGAACAGCUUGCUAUUGGGCGAGAAUUGACGGCGAAGCGAAUGAACCAAGGGGACAGCAGUUCCGAGUCGGAUGGUGAAAUGGAACUGCCGAUGAGCGGGAAAAGCGGUGCAAACCCAUGGACGGAAAGUGCCGGUGACCAUGAACAGCUGGCUAACAAGGAAAUGAAGCUUAGCAGUGGAUAUCGCAAAUAUUGGGAAGAGCGUAAUCAAAUCGAACAGAUCAAAAAGCAAUUGGCAAAUGGCGCUGAUGAAGAAAUGGACGGAAAACACCCAGAGUUGAAUCAGGACAUUGAAGAUGAAGAUCAUUCUGGUGAUGAAGUUCAGCAACUCGAAGAAGGUAGAACUGAAACAGUUAAAAAAUCCAAACUGAAAGGUGUGAAAAAAGGCAUCAAAAAGAGCAAGAGAAAAAUUGUAAUGGCAUCCGGCAGCUGGGAAGUAGAGGACGUUGAUGAGGAGCAGAUGGAAAAGAGCAAAAAACCGAUUUUGAAAAAGAAAGCUAAAAAACGUAAAGAUAAUGUUGCCAGCGUGGAGCAAAUGUUCCAAGAAGCUGAGGAACUGAUUCAGGAUGUAUUGAGCAAUAAGCUGGAACGUACAAUGUGCGAUGUGCAGGUUGAUAGGGGAGAAAACGAAUUUACGAAAGAUUCGCAAACAUCAGAAGAAAGGGAAGACAAAUCGACGGACUUGAGCUUCAAGCAAAAGGCUAGCUUAGCGGAAGCAGAUGUGCAAAUGAAUGAAACCAUACAGAAGGGAGCAUCGGAUAAAAUGGACACAGUGAAAGUAACGCAUAUUUCAGAUGGAAGUUCCACUGCUCCAACCACUAAAGCAUUGGCAGAAAUCAAUCUAAAGCAGGUGGUACAGAUGAAACCUAAACACUUACUAACAGCACUACCGAAUACGAUCAUAUCGGGCGAACUGUCAGAAGACGAAGAUGCGAACGAUGCACACCGGCUCACGAUCGCCGAAGCCUUCGAAGAUGACGACAUAGUGGCAGACUUUGCGAAGGAAAAGCAGGAUGAACGUCAGAAGGAUAUACCGCAGGAGAUCGAACUAACCCUACCGGGAUGGGGCCACUGGGCUGGUGCGGGUAUUCAACCGCGUGCGCAACGCCCGAACGCUCGAAAGCUAUUUAAACCACCACCAGCGCUACCACGGCGCGAUGAUAACCGCGAUCAGGUGAUCAUCAAUGAGGAUGGAUUGAAAAAUGAGAAGCUCGGCAAGCAUCUGGUUAAUGAAGUGCCGUUCCCAUUCCUAACGGUGAAGGAUUAUGAAGCGUCGUUGAGGGCACCGCUUGGCCGGACGUUCAUACCGGAAACAGCACACGGAGCAAUGGUUCAGCCGCGCAUAGUAACGAAGCAGGGUGCGGUGAUCGAACCGAUGAAGAAGGAGUUGCUGGUGGAAAAUCCGUCGAGGUUAACGAGGGUUGGCAAGCGGCAGCAAAAUGAAGCUGUUGAUACGUACAAUGAGUACGUGAAAAAGAAUCAGAGGCGUGCUUUUGGAUUGUGA